AUGGCGGGGAUGAGGCUGGGGCACGGGGACGGGGGUGUGGGGAAGCCGCCACUGCUGGUGAAAAUCGUGAUGGCCGGGGAGUCCUGCGUGGGGAAGACCUCCAUCGUGCGGAGGUACACGGAGCCCAACUGGCCGCCUGCCGGGGCUCCCACCUCCUCCUACUUGGCCACGAUCGGCAUUGAUUUUAAAGUAAAGGCAAUAACAUUUAAUGAUACAAGAGUGAAACUUCAAAUAUGGGAUACUGCUGGUCAGGAACGAUUCCAUACCCUGAGCACCAGCUAUUUUCGUGGUGCACAAGGCUUUGUUCUUGUGUAUGACAUCACAAAUCUGGACAGUUUUCGAAGUAUUACCACCUGGAUGAAAGACAUCUAUGAGAAAGCAGGUGAUGAAGUGGACGUAAUACUGUUGGGCAACAAGUGUGAUAAGGAGUCAGAACGUGUAGUUCCAAAACAGAAAGGAGAAAAGCUUGCUUGGGAACAUGGAAUACCCUUUUUUGAAACCAGUGCUAAAGAUAAUGUGAACAUUGAGGAUGCAUUCUCAGUCUUGACUGAGGAAAUACUGGAAAAGAAAUCCUGUGUAAUUUAUGACUUAGAUGUUGUGGCUCUAAAUGAAAGUAAGAAGAGAAGCUGCUGUGCAUUCUGA